UACGUGAGAAAAUGGCGGCCUACUUGUGGACCUAGAGCUCGUGUUUACAAUAGUUCUCGCCGUUCCCGUGAGCUGUAGGCUAUACGGAACCAUUCGAGAAGUCAUAGCUCUCCUUCUGGAAAGAAGGCUUGGGGAAGCGCCGGUGGAUGUGAGAAGCAUGCGAAUUCGCACAGAGUUUCCAUGCCAGAAGCAGCGUGCAGUUCGGAAUAGGUGUGCAGAGCAGGUCACGCAGCACACCGGGCAGCACGGACUGCACAGCGCGCGCCGCUCUUCCUCCUUCCAGAGCGCCAUCCACUUGUGCUGCCUCAUCACUGCUGACUAAGGACACGGUGACUGUGUGUCACUCGUUCGAGUGCCGUGGGGCCAUUUUGUCCCUUCGGACUCACUGACCUAAGUGACCUAAUCUAGCACGAGAUUGAUAAUCCACGCGCCGGCGGCGUAAUGCGCUGCUGCUCGUCGCAGCUCCCCGCGUGCUACUACUAGUUUCGCUCGGCAGCUCGCUGAAACUGCCACGCGCCCUCGCGUGUUUAUGGGACUGGCCAAGUCCGGACUCGUCGCCUCAGUGGUCCGAGGAAGCCGGGCGGUGACGCCGUGAGGUAGGAUGACGUACCGGCCGCCGGUGCGCGCGCUCUGCGCCCUCAGCGCUGCGCGGCUCUGGAGGAGCAGCCCGCGCGCGCGCCUGCCGCCGCCGCCGCUCCGCACCGUGUGCUCGCGCUCCGAGGAAACCUUUAAGCCCAGCAAAGUGGCCGUUGUGACCAAAACCACCAGAUACGAGUUCGAGCAGCAGCGCUACCGGUACGCGGGACUCUCUGAAGACGAUCUGAAGCAGCUGCUUGCCUUGAAAGGCUCCAGCUACAGCGGGCUGUUGGAGAGGCACAACAUCCACACUCUGAACGUCGAGCACAUUGUGGAGAGCCUGCAGAAAGAGGGGAUUGAGGUGCGCGUUGUACGGAGGAGGGAAUACGAUGAGGAGAUGGUGCGGUGGGCAGAUGCCAUUGUGUCAGCAGGAGGUGAUGGUACCAUGCUGCUGGUGGCCAGUAAGGUGUUUGACAAAAGGAAACCUGUACUGGGCGUGAACACAGACCCUGAGAGAUCCGAGGGACACCUGUGCCUUCCGGUCCGCUACACGCGCACCUUCCCCGAGGCGCUAAGGAAGCUGCAGAGAGGAGAAUUCAGUUGGCAGUGGCGUCAGAGACUCCGUCUACACUUGGAGGGGACGGGGAUCAACCCGAUGCCAGUGGACCUGCAUGAGCAGCAGCUGAGCCUGGAGCAGCACAACCAGGCACACCGGAUCUCCACGGAGGCCCAGCGCAGUACAGAGAGUGAUGCUGUCACCUCUCCCCACCUACUUCCCGUCCGAGGACUCAACGAGAUCUUCAUCGGAGAGUCUCUCUCCUCAAGGGGGCGCUAUAAAGCCUUCAAACCCCAUCUUACCCUCUCACUCCAUAGGGCUUCGUACUAUGAGCUCUCCGUAGAUGAUGGACCGUGGGAGAAGCAGAAAAGUUCUGGACUCAGCAUCUGCACCGGCACUGGAUCCAAAGCCUGGUCCUAUAAUAUAAACAAGCUGUUUGAGGAAACGGUUCGAGACAUCCUGAUGAUAGGCCGAGAACAAACAGGGUUGGAUGUCCCACUGAACCGGGAGUUCAUUGAAAAGGUCACAAAGGAGUACAACAAGUCCCUGGUGUUUGGCCCAGAGGAGAGCCGGCUUUUCUUCAGCAUCCGAGAGCCCAUUGUCAACAGGGUCUUCUCCAGCAGUCGCCAGAGGGGCUUUGCUAAUAAGGUGUGUGUACGUUCACGCUGCUGGGAUGCUUGCAUGGUGGUCGACGGCGGGACCUCUUUUGAAUUCAAUGACGGUGCCAUAGCAACAAUCAGCCUGAAUGAGGAGGACCAGCUACGCACAAUCUUGCUCAGAGACUGACCCCUCUGCUAUAACCGUACUCAUCUCGCCCACACGCACCCGACCACUGGACCUGCGUGUGUAAUACAGACCUAGAAGUGAAUUUGGGAGGAUGGUCAGUGAAUUUCUGGGGCUUUUCCGGUCUUUCCACUAAAGCAGUGGUUACCUGUAUCUUAUUUCUCUAGAUGUGGUGAUAUUUGUGGGUGGGUCCUCAGGUGAUUGAUCAGUAGGAUGCUGGAACUUCUUCUUUUUGUUUGGUCAUUUGACUACUGCGUCUUCGACUUUUCUGUUACAGAAGUUUCUAUUUGAGCAGAAACACUUCGGAAUAAGUUGUAAACGUUCACAUGGAUUUAAGCAUGCUAUGGACAUGAGAUUGAGUGCAACAGAGGGUUUUUUUUUUUUUUUCCCCUUUUCUAUCAGGAUUGGCAGCUGUGACAAGGUGUAAUUAAUGAGAGGAUGAUAUCUUUUGGAUUUACCGGUGCUAUCAGGAAGGUUAGUGAAAUGACCGAUGAAGCCUUCUCUCUCAGUUCAGAGGAUGCUGGUUGUAGUUUAAACUUGUAACACUCCGCUGUAUGGCUUGGAACGUGAAGCACAUCCCUGAUUCAGACUCCCAGCCUGGUUCCGGCCAGCCCCAAAUGACGUCGUGAAGAGCAUUUCCCAAACUGCUUUAUGUCCGCAGGAUUAGGAUCGUUUUCUGAGCAACCUACAAGGGUCUACAGGAAUGGGCUCUCUAGGACCCAGCUGAAAGAGGAGGUACCAAUUAAGUUACCACAAGAAAUUUAAGUUACACACUUAAAUUCACCGUGGGGGCAGUUUAAUUUUACAUGCUGUAUUUAAUAGUUUUUAUUGUAUUUAUAGUUUUUGCAAAGCUGAGGUGCCAAAUUCCUGCUGCACAGUAUCUUUACAAGCCAGGUUUGCAGCACAAAGGAAAACUUAUUUGUACACAAGUGUUCCAAUUCAGAUUUGGUUGUACAUCAUUGUAUUACUUUUGAUGUGCAAGAGCAAUCCUGUUCUAUGCAUCUUCUCGGAAAGGGGUUUAUUGGCACAGAACUGUUUCAUACGUUUCCUUCACAGCCAGCUGUGUGCAGCUCUGCUGAUGAGAGAGGUGCUGUUGUCAAAAAUAAAAUUACACCGCUGCUCAG